GCAACUCUGGACAACAAAUAUUUUAAAUUGUUUACUAAGAAGUACUUUCAUCAGUCUUCCUGAGCAGAAAAUCGAACAACGAUGCGAAGUUCAAUUAAAGAUCUAGCAUUCAAAAGGUUGUGCGCAAAACCGUAAUUGCAGUGCUGGAAAGCACUAACUUUGGUGGUAUUAAAAUUGGAAUUAAAUACUGAAAAAUGGAUAUACUGCCGAGCCCCAGCUAAAAUUUCCUAAAAAAAAUGCCGAUAUGUGAUCAUACAAUGUUUUAUAUUUGUUUACUUUACAAAAACAAAAGAAAUCAAAAUGUAUAAAUAAGUAUGAGCUCCAAACGUAAACUUACGUUUCCCUCGGAGGUCGACGAUCACCAGAACAACCCGGAUAGUGAAGCUCCAAGGAUUAAACAGCUCCCUACACCAAACGACCUUAACGCACCAAGAGCCGAUAAAAGGAGUGUUUUGGUCAAAGCCGCAGUCCUUCGUCCCAGAAGUACUUUGUCCAGGUUUGAUUCAUCCUGGCUGGCACUCCAAAAAACUGAAAUUACCAGAAGUCAACCGGAUGCUCCCGGAAACACGAGUGUCUUAUCUUGUUCCCAACUUCUUAACACCAGUUGGCCGGGAACGAAGCGACGAGCCAAAGCCUUGCCCCUUGUGGUCCAGAAAUCCUCAACGACUCCUACCGUGGUCACAAAUAUGGAGCUCAAAGUAACCCCUUCAUCCCAUACUCCUGGGAAAACGGCCAAAGACCUUAACUCACCAAUUGUCAAUGGAAGAAACCUUUUGGUGGAGUGCGCGUCCUCCCACCGCAGAAACAAUCCGAAGGUAUUUGAUUUAACCUGGCAGGCGAUGAAAAAGACCGCAACUAACAGCAGUCAACAAGAUUCUAAGGAAAACACCAGUUUGUCAACAUGUUCCCAGCACCUGAACGCCAGUUGGUCGGAAUUCUCUCCAGUUAUCAAACUUGUGCCGGAGGAAAGUCCCAAGCAGUACUUACCAAUUUCACCGAAAGUAAAUUUAAAGCUAAAUCAACGCUUUUUAAGAGGAGGCUAUGCCGACGAUUUUCGGCGAUUCCUGAAAAAUGUACGCAUGGAUCAGCGUCAUAUAAAAGAUAGAGUAGCCACCCACACAAUUAAAGUUUUGGCUAUAUCAGAGGAAUGUGGCCUUUCCAUGGCUUUAGUCGCACCGGAAAAGGGUGGAUGCAACUUUAAUAUUCUUCUUCAAAAGAAGCAGUCGGGGCUAAUAAAAGUUGGCUCUAGACUACAAUUCCACCUGGAACCAAACACAAAGCCCAUCCGGCUACAAAGCCAACAAUUGGUAUAUUGCCGCCCUCACAAUUUAAAUGUACUAGAAAGAUAAUUCUAAUAAGAUAAUGAUUAGUACUGUUUUGUGUAAAUAGGAAACUGAAGUAAAGCAAUAACGAAAUUGUAUAAGUAACAUGUAUUAAUACUAGCGACAUAAUUAAAAAACGUCAUGGCCACCGACCCAGCGCAACCCCACCACAGAAUAUCCCAUCGAGAGUAAAAGUAAUUCGCAAACAACAGAGCACGAUCAAUUUAGAUUCUCUCGAUUCUCACCGAUUUCCCAUGACGAAAAACUGCGAUAAUUUUAAAAUAAGCACACAUAUCUAGUUGUAUUUUGUAAAUAGAUUAAAAGCCCCCCACUCGUAUGAUACAUUGGUCUCCGUUCCUCUUCGAACUGUUUUGAAAACUUUUCUCGGAGAUCAGUUUGCCCCAGAACGUCGAGCGAAGCACAAACACUCUUCGCCUUCAAAGUUCUGAAAUAUAACGAAACAUAAUCAGAAAAUAUAAGCCAAAAACAGGUGGGUGCAGAUAUUAUUGGAGAACCGAAGAGUUAAAUGGUUUAAGUUUUAAAGAGGUUUAAAUAAAUGUAAACUAAUUUAUUAUGGUGCCGAAAAAUAAGUCAAUAGUGUUAGGUUUGAAUUAUAUAAUUCAUGUUACCACAAUCGCCUGAGAAUGUCAACAAAAGUGAUGCAUCCUCUGAGUAAUUGGACUUUUCCCAAAAGUUUCCAAAUGUCGGAGAAGCCAAAAAUGUCAUUUAAGGGUCACGCCCACUAAGUAUGAAAUACCUGGUCAUUGUCACACUUAGGAACU